UUUUCUAAUAGUUUGACACUGAAAUCGAAAUCGCGAUCAAAAUUUGAUUUAUCGCCCAGCCCUACAACCAACUAACUAUACUGAGAAACAAACACCUGUUUGACCAUACAUUCUAUCAGCCCGUUGGUUGGGUUGUCAACUUGCGUUCCAGGCCCACCUACAAAAGGUGGCCCUGUUUGCCUGUUUCCCUUAUCAAGGUCGCUUUUUAUUCAUAAUGGCAAGGGGUAUAGUGGGGAAACCUCAAUGUUGUUCUGCUGCUCUUAUGGGUAUAAGCCAUAUUCCUCUUGAUUGUACUUAUUUCUCUCGAUCCUUCUUCAAGAUCCUUUCCAGACUUUAUCCGUGUGAACCCUCCUUCUUUCAACCCUCUUCUGUCUGCCAUCUGUUAUCUGAUAUCUAUCCCGUGAUAAACUGUUGCUCCUCCUCCCCAGUCUGGCCUCUGAUAUCUGAUAUCUGUCCCAUGGUAAACUUUAUUUCCUCCUCUCUAGUCUAGCCUCUGAUAUCUAUCCCCUGGUUAAUUGUAGUUCCGCCUCCCCAGUUUCGCAUUUGAAAUCUGUCCCAUGGAUAUCUGUCCCAUGGUAAACUGUAGCUCCUCCUCCCCAGUCUGGCAUCUGAUAUCUGUCCCAUUGUAAACUGUAGCUCGCCCUCCCCAGUCUGGCCUCUGAUAUCUGUCCCAUGUUAAACUGUAGCUCCUCCUCCCCAGUCAGGACUCAGAUAUCUGAUAUCUGUCCCAUGAUAAACUGUGGCUCCUCCUCCCCAGUCUGGCCUCUGACAUCUGAUAUCUGUCCCAUGGUAAACUUUAGCUCCUCCUUCCCAGUCUGGCCUCUGAUAUCUUAUAUCUGUCCUAGGGCUGGGCGAUUUUUCGAUUUCGAUUUUAUUUGCGAUGUAAUUUUUUUCUACGGUUUUAAAUGAGACGUUCGAUUAGCCGACGCCUUCAAAAAAAAUAAAAAAAAUAAAUGUUUUCACAGACCCACGAAUACAGCGCCGCACGUAACCAAUCAGUUGGAAGCGAGCCACAUCACGUUUGGUUGUGCAGACACAACAACAUACACACAUGUGUAGCUAGCAGCAGCGCGAAGCCGCAGUUAAGUUUGCAGCAAGACAGUUCAGACUUUAAAAAUGAGCAAGAACUCUGUAGACGGGAGUUCUGAACAGCAAUUAAAUGAUAGUACUGCCCAGGAGGAGAUUGUUGAAAAGAAGGGUCUGAGAAGUUCGGCUGCUUGGAGGUACUUUGGGUAUUUGAAGUCGGACGAACAACAGCGUAAUACACUGUGCAAAAUAUGUAGAAGGAACGUAGCUACUAAAACAGGAAACGCCAGCAAUUUGUUUCAGCAUUUAAGACAAUGCCACCCACUAGAGCACGCACAGUUAUGCAAGACAGGUAAUGCCCCCUCCUCCAGCACCAGUAAAAGGAAGCCAUAUCAACAGACCAUAAUGUCCGCUCUUUCCAGCAUCGCGCCAUAUGAAAAAACAUCGAAACGACACAAAGACGUUACACACGCAAUCACACAAUUCCUCGCAAAAGGCAUGCUGCCAAUACGCACUGUCGAAAGGGAAGAAUUUAAAAACCUAAUGAGAGUGAUUGACCCUCGUUAUCAACUCCCAGGGCGCCAAACACUUCUCGCAGACAGCAAUCCCACACCUGUAUGCGGAGUGCAGAGGGAUGGUUGAGAGGGACCUGCGGGCUGUGGCAUACUUCGCCACCACAUCGGACUUGUGGUCAAGUCCAACUUCCGAACCAUAUUUGAGCCUCACUGCUCAUUAUAUUGACCAAGACUGGGCUAUGAAGAGCAAAUGCCUCCAAACGGCAUACUUUCCUGAAGACCAUACUGCCGAGGCAAUUGCAUCAGGGCUGACAGAAUCGCUUGGUUCGUGGGGGCUAAAUGAAAGCAAACAAGUUUGCAUUACCACAGAUAGUGGAGCAAAUAUAGUAAAAGCAACCACCCUCAACAACUGGACUCGCCUACAGUGUUUUGGCCACCGACUUCACUCAGCUGUUGAGAAAGCCGGAAAGCACAAGAAAGUGGAGCGUGCUGUGGGUGUGUGUAAGAAAGCAGUGGCUGCCUUCAGCUAUUCGUGGAAGAAGAAGAGAGAUCUGGCUGUUGCUCAAGAAGAGCUUCAUCUACCCCAGCACAAGUUAGUGACUGAGUCACCCACUAGGUGGGGUUCACGUCAGAAGAUGGUGGAGAGGAUGCUGGAGCAGCAGAAAGCUAUCACUCAGGUCUUGGGAGCAGACAAAAAGACGAGACAACUGGUUCCUACAUGGCAAGACCUAGAUGUCCUGGAAUCUGUCCAUGGGGCCCUGAAUCCACUACUGGAAUUCACUGAUGCACUCUCCCGUGAAAAUUAUGUGAGUGUGUCAUACCUCAAGCCGAUGCUGCAACUUUUCAGAACACAGAUUCUCAAGCCAUCCGACGAUGAAAGACAGCUCACCAAAGAAUUGAAGAUGACAGUCAUGUCAUACCUGGAUGAAAAGUAUGCAGAUCCGAACACUGAGGAACUACUGGAUGUUGCAACUUUGGUAGAUCCGCGUUUCAAGACACAAUACAUUAAGCCAGAAAACAUUCAUGCCAUCAAAAUGAGAGCAGUGUCUGAGAUGUUGGAGGACUGCUCCACUUCAGUCAGAACAGAGGAAGCAGAGGCAGGAGAUGCUGCAGUACCCCCUCCCCUGAAGACACAAAAAAAGUCAUUGGGCAGCUUCUUUAAGAAACCAGAAUCCAGCCCAGCACUCAAUGACAGACAGAGUGUUGAGCGGGAACUCGAAAACUACUUGACAGCAGCAGAUGCAGACAGUGAGAUGGACCCACUGCAAUGGUGGAAGGUGAAUGAAAGGAACUUCCCAAGACUUGGCGGCCUUGCAAAGCACUAUUUGUGCAUCCCUGCAACCAGCACACCCUCCGAGAGGGUAUUUAGCACAGGGGGGAACAUUGUGACCUGCCACAGGGCAGCUUUAAAACCUGAGAUGGUGGAUACACUCGUCUUCCUUGCUCGCACAUUUUUUGUUUCAUUGCAGCACAAGUUAAAUGCACUUCAUGUUUUUCGUUGUUGUUUUUUAAAGCUGCUAGAAUUUGUUCUGUGAAACCUAAGAGCUUGUUAAGCUGUUUUUGUGUAUUACAUUUGUUUUUGUGUGUUACAUUUUCUUUUUUACCAGAAAAUAAAAAUAAAUUAUACAAAAAUUGUGAUUUUGUUCAUAUCGUGAUAUAAAAUCGAAAUCGGAAAUUUUGGGGGGGGGAAAUCGAAAUAUAACUUUUUCCCAUAUCGCCCAGCCCUAAUCUGUCCCAUGUUAAACUGUAGCUUCUACUCCCCAGUCUGGUCUCUGAUAUCUGUCCCAUAUUAAACUGUACCACUGAAAGGUUCACCUAUUGAAUUUGCCUUUCCCAGAAGGUCAUAAUCUGACAGCCUUUCCUGGGGCUGUGUGCUCGUGUGCGUGAUUAUCUGAAAAGGCCUUCUUCUUUGGAAAGCUGCCCUUGAUAGCAGGAACGUUCUUAAAAAGCAAUUAAGACAUCCUAAUAAACUGAAUUCAAGCCCUCCAACUUUUGACCAUUGUUGUAACUUAAAUACCAAUUAAAUACAGCCAUAUAUGAGGUGAUGGGUCUAUAGAAACAGACUGCUGGAUCCAUUGGAAUUUAGUGACUACAUACAUGUUUCAUCAUGCAGAAUGGAAGACACAAAUACAUUAUUAAACCCUCAUAAAUAUUAUUCAUGGUGUUUUUUGGCUUCCUAUCAUUCCUGUAUUCAAGUGGCUAGUUAUAGUUUAUAGUUCACCAUCCAGGGCUGUCCACUGAAACGGGGAAAAUGAGCUGUUGUGUUUGGC